CAAUCGAGUAUUCCAUCAGCGGCCACCGCGACAAGUUCAGGUUACCCUGCUCGAUUUUUCUGACAAACUGUAAGUAGUUGUGCUAAUUUGCAUUAUUGAUGGUUAAGAUCGGAAAUUUUGGAUUGAAUAAGUACUUCCUUGCAGCGCAAUAUGGUAGUAAAAAAUAAGAAUAGUACCGAAUGCGCGAACAACGAUUCGACUGAAGAAGAUAACGAUAUUGUUUGCGGUUUAGAUGAUGCACCUCCAUGGUAUUUAUGCAUUUUUAUGGCUCUGCAGCAUUAUUUAACCAUGAUUGGAGCUAUUGUAUCAAUUCCUUUCAUACUUACGCCUGCGCUAUGCAUGAAAGAAGAUGAUCCGGCCAAAGGGUACAUUAUCUCGACGAUGAUAUUUGUCACCGGAAUAGUAACUUUCAUUCAGGUCACUUUUGGAUGUCGUUUACCUAUUGUGCAAGGUGGCACUAUCUCAUUUCUAAUACCUACUUUGGCUAUUUUACACCAGCCGCAGUGGCGAUGCCCUUCUAGCGAUAUUUUAAAUGCUAUGUCUGCUGAAAAUAGAACUGAAUUGUGGCAGCUUCGAAUGCGUGAAUUAUCAGGAGCCAUCAUAGUGUCUGCUGUGUUUCAAACAAUAAUCGGAUACUGCGGGAUCAUUGGUAUGGUAUUAAAAUUCGUUACACCUAUCACUAUUGUUUGCGCAAUCUCGCUGGUUGGAUUAUCCUUAUUUGAGAUUGCUGCUGAAUCGUCUUCCAAGCAUUGGGGAAUCGCAAUGUUAACCAUCUUCUUACUGACAGUCUUUUCAUUAUGCAUGUCAGAAGUGAAAGUGCCGUUAGUCGGUUACAGAAAAGGAUACGGUUUGAAAAUAACUUGGUUCAGAUUGUUCAAAUUGUUCCCUGUCUUACUGACUAUUGUUAUCAUGUGGGUUAUCUGCGGCGUCUUGACAGCAACCAAUUACUUACCUUCAGGUCAUCCAGCUCGCACCGAUACUAAAAUAGAUAUUGUACGAAAUGCAGCUUGGAUCAGAAUUCCAUACCCAGGUCAGUGGGGUUGGCCUACAGUGAGUAUUUCUUCAGUACUCGGAAUGAUGGCAGGAGUACUAGCUUGUACGGUAGAAUCACUCGGAUAUUAUCCAACAGUAGCGAAAAUGAGUGGUGGUCCACCGCCACCAGUUCAUGUAAUUAACAGAGGUAUUGGUACCGAAGGCUUGGGUACAAUUUUAGCUGGAAUAUGGGGUAGUGGAAAUGGUGCCAAUACAUUUGGUGAAAAUGUAGGCACUAUUGGAGUUACCAGAAUUGGUAGUCGAAGAGUUAUCCAAUUUGCUUGUUUGCUCAUGUUAUUACAAGGUGUGAUUAAUAAAUUUGGAGCUGUAUUUAUUGUUAUACCAGAACCGAUUAUUGGUGGAAUAUUCUGCGUUAUGUUUGGAAUGAUAGCUGCUAUCGGAUUAUCAACUUUACAAUAUGUCAAUUUGAAUUCAGCUCGUAAUUUAUACAUCAUUGGAUUUUGUUUGUUUUUCUCUUUGGUACUACCAAGGUGGAUGAUUGCUCACCCAAAUGCCAUUAAUACUGGAAAUGCGACAGUGAAUAACGCAAUUACUGUGCUUCUCAGCACCAGCAUAUUAGUUGGAGGUUUUUUAGGAUGUCUUAUGGAUAAUGUAAUUCCAGGCACGCUAGAAGAACGUGGAAUUAUUGCUUGGGCUGAUCAAAUGAAACUGUCCAAAGAUGACGAUACCGAAGCUGCUCAAGUAUCUAGCAGCACUUACGAUUUUCCAAUCGGAAUGAACCUCAUAAGAAGAUGGAAAUGGACUUCAUUCAUUCCAUGUUCGCCUACUUACAAAAUGAAGCUUUAAAUUUCGAAAAUUACGCAAAAUCUAAAUUUACAAUUUCACACCAGUCGCGAAAAAGCUUUAGAAUUUGCAUUAUUAUACAGCAGCUUGAAUGUAAAAUUAUCGUUAUAAUAUCCUGUUUUAAUUUUGUGUGCUUCAAGUGAACGUAUCAAAUAAAUCAAAUAGGUAUCAA